UCUACAAUAAACAAAGCAAUUAUUUGGAAGUGCAAAAACAGUCAAAAGUCAUCGACGUUUGUGUAGUCUGCUUUUUGAUGUUUUAAUUAAGAUACACAAGUUAAGUUCAGCAAAUAUAUAGUUAGAACCACAAUAUACCAUACCGAUUAAAAAACUGAACUCGGAUUAGGUUUUCAACCUAUGCAAAAAGAGCAUAACAAUUAGCGCAUAAAUAAUAAGUAGAAAACACUAAAUCCUAAAAAUUACAAUGGAACGCAACAACGGUUCUAAUCGUUACACACCAAUACGGCGCGCAGGCCAGCAGCAACAUCAAUCAAAUUCUUUAUCAUCAUCACUUUCAUCUUCGAACAAUAAUCAACAUAAUCAGCCUUCAGAUAAUCAUCGUAAUAAUUCGUCACAAUACUCAACCUCCAACCAUAGCACCUAUUCACCACAAUCCUCAGUGUCCCGCGAACCGCCCACGCAACACGAUGAGCUGAUUCGAUAUAUCAGGGAGGCCUGGACAAAAGUAAAUGAACAAAAUACGCCAAUAAAUUAUUGCCAAGAAUCUGACCAUCAACUAAAAAAUUUCAAACCCUUCAACCUGGAGGAGUACUGGGACCAAAGACAUUUUCAAAAUAUUCGUGUAUCACAUGGACAACAAUAAGAUGAUAAUAAUUGCUGCAACAAUAACGAUCGCAAAACAAAUAUUACUUGUUUUGUUUGUUCUGUAUUGAUUGGUGUGCAUUUGAUGAGAGUUUACAAUAAUGUUACGUGUAACAUAAACAUUUACAUAUAAAAAUAUGUAUUUCCAUUAUUGAGAAAAGUAGAAAUUUACUUAAAGACCGGAGUUUAAAAACGUAAUUAUUUCCACGUAAAUAUUUAGUAAAAUACAAUUGUAUUAUCAGACCUAAUUCUCGUUGCAUGAAGAUAUGUAGCUAAUAAAGCAUAAGUAUUUUAUUGCAAAUACCAUGUAAACUCCGAAAAAAAUACCACAAAAAUUAAGUUAUUUAAAAAUAAGGUAGUAUCGUAUCAAGCGCUCGUUCAAUAUGCAAUUCAAGAUUUCGCAAUAAAAUUAUAAAGUAAUUUAAAAGUAUGUAAAAGGGAAAGCAGAUGAUGCAAUUCAAAGAUACAAUUACAAUUAAUGGCAAUAAAAAGGAUAUAAGCAAU